UGAAUAUCAUGAUUACUUGAUCAAAUAUACGUUCGGAUUUGAAUUGUAUUUCGUACAAUUUUUCAUUAUUUUAUUGGGCAGUUUCGUCCGCGAGGGGAGAAUCUUUUCCUUUACGAAGAAAUCGAGAAACGUAGGAAAGGGUAUUUGGGGCAUUCUGGUUAAUUACAUGUACAACCAGCAAACAUGAGUUCGGAAAGACGAGAUGAUAGAAAGGACCGUGAGGAUAGAAAGGACCGUGAGGAUAGAAAGGACCGCGAGGAUAGGAAAGAUCGUGAUUUUCGUGUUACCACUCGUCCUAACGACACAAACCGGAAUGACACUAAGUCUAUCCGUUGUCGAGUAUUCGUGGGAAACCUAGCAACUGAGGAUCUCUCCCGGCAGGAAUUUGAAGAUAUCUUUGCUAAACAUGGACGUGUCAUUGGUUGUUCAGUCCAUAAUGGAUAUGGUUUUGUCCAGUAUGAAAAAGAAGCCAGUGCUGAUGCUGCCGUUGCAAAGGAACAUGGCUCCAUUAUCAAGGAUAAAAAAGUUGAUGUGAAUUUGGCUGGUGACAGACGAAAAGAGAGGCGUCCACCAAUCUUAGGUGGUGGGGGAAGAGGGAGGGGUUAUCCUGGUGGUAGGCCACGAGACCGUUCUCCAUCACCCAAAGCAGGCAGACGAUAUGGCGAUGAUCCAUUCGCUAUUCCCGGCUACAGAGAAGCCAGAGAUCGCUACAGGGAUGAACAUUCAGAUUCCUCAGACAGACCUGCAAGCUCUUCAUAUGGGCGGCCUCAUGAUGAGGUUCCAGCGAAGAAGUUACGACCAGAUUAUGACUUUGUACCACUACCUCGUGAUCCAUAUGCUCCACCGGCUGGUAAGCCUGUUGAAGCGCCAAUAGACUGUGAGAUCAUUAUCAUCAACAAACAACAAAUGGCGUAUGCAGAAUCUGUGGAGAAGAAAUUAAAAUCCUAUGGCUUGGUUGUGGAGUGUGCCCACCUCCCUGAGACCGUGCCCUUGUUGGAUGAACUGGAGGAUGCAUCCAAGCGGGGAGUCUUGUUUGGAAUCAUUAUCAGCAGCCAACAUGAAGUACAUCGCUCUGUGACUGUUCACAUCUUGCAUGGAACACAACAAGAACACAGGAAUAUGCCUUUAGCAGAUGCAAUACUUCUUGUCAGUCGUAAUUUUGACACGUAUAUGCAAGCUCUUCAAGAUCGUGAGCAAAUCCGGGAAAGGGGGCCGCCCCCUGUUGGCGGCGGCGACCCCCUCGCACCGAAGAAGGGCUACGCCGGUACCCCCGGUGCUGUAUCUUCAAUCGUACCCUCGCCGUAUAGUCGUGAGGUUAGCACUCUUUUAAACAUCGCGGCGGACGGGAGACCGCUAACCGUAGACGAGUAUUCGUUGGUCAUAGACGAGUUUACCAAGCUUCGAAACGAUUUGCUUAAAAAAGAAGGAAGAGUACCACCCUCGUCCACAGGUCCGGCGUAUCAACCCUACAACAAUGAUCCACAAUCGAUUGCCUUACAGCAGGCUGAACUGCAGGCAAAAAUAUUGAGCAUCCUCAAUCCGACCUCAAAGCUUACCACAGAGACAAAGGUGUCUACAAACAAGACAGAGUCUGUUUCCAAACCGUCGAUACCAGUUUUGACUCCAUCACACACUGCGUCCACCGCAUUUAAGGCUCCCAGUGUGCCUGCCUCGACCUCACAAACAAGCAACGCCAUUAGUUUGGCUCUAUCGAACAUGCGUGCUGGCACUUCUCAGAAUGCCACCCCAGCCCGUACUACCCCCGCUCAGGGGGCAACCUCCACUUCUCCGUACUCUGGGUAUCCAUCAUCCGCUGUACAGUCACAGGCUCAAUAUCGUAGCCCAACACCCAGGCCCGCUCAACAACGUGGACCAGCCCCCAGAGCACCUCCACCCACCGGGAGUGCUGGUUACCCAAGAUACCCUCCUACUGGACAAAUGAACAUGCGUGGUGGAUAUCGUGCUACCUAUCCCAAUAGUUACCCUCCACAAGCCAGAUAUUAAACACCGAUGUUUCAGUUGGUAGUUAUGGAAAGAUAUUAAACCUUUUCGAAGAAAACAUAUCGAAGAACAAUUGUACGCAGAAUAUUGAAACUCGGUUAUGCUUGAAAUUUACGGUCUGGUCUAUUUUGAAGUGGUAACAAAGGAUAAUUAAGGUCGAAUUUCUUUAUUGGCAUGACUCAGAGAAUUGUUAUCGCUAUCGUUGCUGAUAUUUUAUUAAUUGUAUUUUAAAGUUUUUA